AUGUCAUGCAAGAUAUCGAGUGAGACCGUCAGCGCGAUAUCCAGUGAGAUCAUCAGCGAGAUGUCAUGCAAGAUCUCCAGUGAGACCCGAGAUCGCCAGCGCGAUAUCCAGCAAGAUCAUCAGCGUGGUCAUGCAAGAUAUCCAGUGAGACCGUCAGCGCGAUAUCCAGCGAGAUCAUCAGCGCGAUGUCUUGUAAGAUAUCCAGUGAGACCGUCAGUGCGAUAUCCAGCGAGAUCAGCAGCGCAAUGUCAUGCAAGAUAUCCAGCGAGAUCAUCAGCGCGAUGUCAUGCAAGAUAUCCAGUGAGACCGUCAACGAGAUAUCAACCGAGAUAUCUAGCGAGAUCGCCAGCGCGAUAUCCAGCGAGAUCAUCAGCGCGAUAUCAUGUAAGACAUCCAGUGAGACCAUCAGCAAGAUAUCCAGCGAGAUUAUCAGCGCGAUGUCAUGCAAGAUAUCCAGUGAGACCGUCAACGAGACAUAAAUCGAGAUAUCUAGCGAGAUCGCCAGCGCGAUAUCCAGUGAGAUCAUUAGCACGAUGUCAUGCAAGAUAUCGAGUGAGACCGUCAGCGCGAUAUCCAGUGAGAUCAUCAGCGAGAUGUCAUGCAAGAUCUCCAGUGAGACCGUCAGUGCGAUAUCCAGCGAGAUCAGCAGCGCAAUGUCAUGCAAGAUAUCCAGCGAGAUCAUCAGCGCAAUGUCAUGCAAGAUAUCCACAAGAUCAUCAGCGUGGUCAUGCAAGAUAUCCAGUGAGACCGUCAGCGCGAUAUCCAGCGAGAUCAUCAGCGCGAUGUCAUGUAAGAUAUCCAGUGAGACCGUCAGUGCGAUAUCCAGCGAGAUCAGCAGCGCAAUGUCAUGCAAGAUAUCCAGCGAGAUCAUCAGCGCGAUGUCAUGCAAGAUAUCCAGUGAGACCGUCAACGAGAUAUCAACCGAGAUAUCUAGCGAGAUCGCCAGCGCGAUAUCCAGCGAGAUCAUCAGCGCGAUGUCAUGCAAGAUAUCCAGUGAGACCGUCAGCGCGAUAUCCAGCGAGAUCAUCAGCGCGAUGUCAUGUAAGAUAUCCAGUGAGACCGUCAGCGCGAUAUACAGGGAGACCAUCGAUGAGAUAUCAACCGAGAUAUCUAGCGAAAUCGUCAGCGCAAUAUCCAGCGAGAUCAUCAGCGCGAUGUCAUGCAAGAUAUCCAGUGAGACCGUCAGUGCGAUAUCCAGCGAGAUCAGCAGCGCAAUGUCAUGCAAGAUAUCCAGCGAGAUCAUCAGCGCGAUGUCAUGUAAGAUAUCCAGUGAGACCGUCAGCGCGAUAUCCAGUGAGAUCAUCAGCGCGAUGUCAUGCAAGAUAUCCAGUGAGACCAUCAGCAAGAUAUCCAGCGAGAUCAUCAGCGCGAUGUCAUGCAAGAUAUCCAGUGAGACCGUCAACGAGACAUAAACCGAGAUAUCUAGCGAGAUCGCCAGCGCGAUAUCCAGUGAGAUCAUUAGCACGAUGUCAUGCAAGACAUCCAGUGAGACCGUCAGCGCGAUAUCCAGUGAGAUCAUCAGCGCGAUGUCAUGCAAGAUCUCCAGUGAGACCGUCAGCGAGAUAUCCAGCGAGAUCAUCAGCUCGAUGUCAUGCAAGAUAUCCAGUGAGACCGUCAACGAGAUAUAAACCGAGAUAUCUAGCGAGAUCGCCAGCACGAUAUCCAGCGAGAUCAUCAGCGCGAUGUCAUGCAAGAUAUCCAGUGAGACCGUCAGCGCGAUAUCCAGCGAGAUCAUCAGCGCGAUGUCAUGCAAGAUAUCCAGUGAGACUAUCAGCGCGAUAUCCAGCGAGAUCAUCAGCGCGAUGUCAUGCAAGAUAUCCAGUGAGACCGUCAGCGCGAUAUCCAGCGAGAUCGUCAGCGCGAUAUCAACCGUAA